AUGAAUCGCAUUCCUCGGCUAUAUCAACCUUGGCGAAGGUGUUUCACUACACAACCACAACAACCACAACAGCAGCAAUCGACAAAGCAAAAUGUGGGCAAAUUCCGUGGGUUUAUGAAGAAAUAUGGUCCUGUGGGAGCAGGUGUCUACGUGGCAUUGAGCGUGGUAGAUCUCAGUUUGACCAUGGGCGUCAUUAGUGUUACUGGAGCCGAUCGCGUCAAAAAGGCCGAGGACUGGAUACUACAGCAUGUGAAGGGAAUGGUUGGUAUGAAGCACGAGCGGGAUCCAGAGCAACAAGUUUCCACAGCAACGCACGAAAAAGACCCUUCAUGGACAUCACUUUUCGUUGUAGCCUAUGGCAUUCACAAGACACUGCUUUUACCAGUACGACUUUCAUUGACAGCAGCUAUUACCCCCUCUGUAGCGAGAUAUUUGAAACGCAUUAAAGGCAAAAGGUGA